AUGAAAACUUUUAAAUUUACACCUCAAGUUUCUUUUCAAAGCAGCCGAGAACUGAGACGAAUGGGGAUUGAACUGCUUUGCCUGUUCUUUCUAUUUCUAGGAAGGAACGAUCACGUACAAGGUGGCUGUGCUAUGGGAGGUGCAGAAACCUGUGAAGACUGCUUACUCAUUGGACCUCAGUGUGCCUGGUGUUCUCAGGAGAAUUUCACCCAUCCAUCGGGAAUUGGAGAAAGGUGUGAUACCCCAGCAACUCUUUUAGCUAAAGGAUGUCAACUAGCCUUCAUCGAAAACCCUGUCUCCCAAGUAGAUAUACUUACAAAUAAGCCUCUCAGUGUAGGCAGACAGAAAAAUAGUUCUGACAUUGUUCAGAUUGCACCUCAGAGCUUGACUCUUAAAUUGAGACCAGGCAGUGAACAAACCCUGCAAGUGCAAGUCCGCCAGACAGAGGAUUACCCAGUGGACUUGUAUUACCUCAUGGACCUCUCGGCCUCCAUGGAUGAUGACCUCAACACAAUCAAAGAGCUGGGCUCCCUGCUUUCCAAGGAGAUGUCUAAAUUAACCAGCAACUUUAGACUGGGCUUCGGCUCUUUUGUGGAAAAACCCGUCUCCCCUUUUAUGAAAACAACACCAGAAGAAAUCACCAACCCUUGCAGUAGUAUUCCAUACUUCUGCUUACCUACAUUUGGAUUCAAGCACAUUCUGCCAUUGACAAAUGAUGCUGAAAGAUUCAAUGAAAUUGUGAAGAACCAGAAAAUUUCUGCUAAUAUUGAUACACCAGAAGGUGGAUUUGAUGCAAUUAUGCAAGCUGCUGUGUGUAAGGAAAAAAUUGGCUGGCGGAAUGACUCCCUCCAUCUCCUGGUCUUUGUGAGUGAUGCUGAUUCUCAUUUUGGAAUGGACAGCAAACUGGCAGGCAUCGUCAUUCCUAACGAUGGGCUCUGUCACUUGGACAACAAGAAUGAAUACUCCAUGUCAACUGUCUUGGAAUAUCCAACAAUUGGACAACUCAUUGAUAAGCUGGUGCAAAAUAACGUGUUAUUAAUCUUUGCUGUAACCCAAGAACAAGUUCACUUAUAUGAGAAUUAUGCAAAACUCAUUCCUGGAGCUACAGUAGGGCUACUUCAGAAGGACUCUGGAAAUAUUCUCCAGUUGAUCAUCUCGGCUUAUGAAGAACUCCGGUCUGAGGUGGAACUAGAAGUGUUAGGAGACACAGAAGGACUCAAUCUGUCAUUCACAGCUAUCUGUAACAAUGGGGUCCUCUUCCCACACCAAAAGAAAUGCUCUCACAUGAAAGUGGGAGAUACAGCUUCAUUCAAUGUGACUGUGAGUAUAUCAAACUGUGAGAGAAGAAGCAGGCACAUUAUCAUAAAGCCCGUGGGGCUGGGGGAUACCCUAGAAAUACUUAUCAGUCCGGAAUGCAACUGCGAGUGUCAGAAGGAAGUGGAAGUGAACAGCUCCAAAUGCCACAAUGGGAACGGUUCCUUCCAGUGUGGGGUGUGUGCCUGCAACCCUGGCCACAUGGGUCCUCGCUGCGAAUGUGGGGAGGACACGCUGAGCACAGACUCCUGCAAGGAGGCUCCGGAUCACCCUUCCUGCAGUGGAAGAGGUGACUGCUACUGUGGCCAGUGCAUCUGCCAUUUGUCUCCCUAUGGAAACAUCUAUGGGCCUUACUGCCAGUGUGACAACUUCUCCUGCGUGAGACACAAAGGGCUGCUCUGCGGAGAUAACGGCGACUGUGACUGCGGCGAAUGCGUGUGCAGGAACGGCUGGGCAGGCGAGUACUGUAACUGCACCACCAGCACCGACUCCUGCGUCUCGGAGGACGGGGUGCUCUGCAGCGGGCGAGGGGACUGCAUCUGUGGCAAGUGUGUUUGCACGAACCCGGGGGCGUCUGGACCCACCUGUGAACGCUGUCCUACCUGUGGCGAUCCCUGUAACUCCAAACGGAGCUGCAUUGAAUGCCACCUGUCUGCCGAUGGCCAGGCCCGAGAAGAAUGCGUUGAAAAAUGCAAACUAGUUGGUGCGACCGUCAAUGAAGCAGAAGAUUUUUCAAAGGAUAGUUCUGUUCCCUGUUCUCUGCAAGGAGAAAAUGAAUGUCUUAUUACAUUCCUAAUAACUACAGAUAAUGAAGGGAAAACCAUCAUUCACAGCAUCAAUGAGAGAGACUGCCCAAAGCCCCCAAACAUUCCCAUGAUCAUGUUGGGGGUUUCACUGGCUAUUCUUCUCAUUGGGGUUGUCCUACUGUGCAUUUGGAAGCUGUUGGUGUCAUUUCAUGAUCGUAAAGAAGUUGCCAAAUUUGAGGCAGAACGGUCUAAGGCCAAGUGGCAAACGGGAACCAAUCCACUGUAUAGAGGCUCCACCAGUACCUUCAAAAAUGUAACAUAUAAACACAGGGAAAAACAAAAGAUGGACUUGUCCACAGAUGGAUAG